GCGCCCCUCGCCCAGCGGCACUCUGGGAGACGUAGUUCCCGCUGCCCCGAGGCCAGGUCACCUGGACUCCCCGCUGUAGGGACGGAUGUGUCCGAGCGUGACAGGGCCAUUAUCGAAGCCUGCUGACUGGAAGAUGUUAGAUCCUGUUUGUCUCCCACUCAUGUACCUUCCAUGAUGUCAUCUGCUAUAUGAUGCAGCCAAGCUGAUGUGAGUUCCAUGACCUUGAACCUCCAGAACUCUGGUGAUAAGUGGAGGGCCCUGUACAGGAAAUCCGCCCGGCUUCUGCAGUGUGACCUGCCCAAGUCAGGGCACUCCUUCAGUCUGGGUGUGGAUGGCAGCGCAACAGGGCUCCUGGAACAUGGACGACGUGUUGGAGAAGAGCUUGGAAGGGCCCCAGGCAUCUUCAGAAGACGAGUCCUCCCAGAAGAGGGGAGACUUGGUGGAAAUCCUAAAUGGUGACAAGGUGAAAUUUGAUGAUGCGGGACUCUCCUUAAUUCUUCAGAACGGCCUGGAGACCCUCCGAGUAGAAAACGCUCUGACGGAUGUCACCCUGUGCGUGGACAUCCAGGAAUUCUCCUGCCACCGCGUGGUGCUCGCCGCGGCCAGCAACUAUUUCAGGGCCAUGUUCUGCAAUGACUUGAAGGAGAAGUACGAGAAGAGGAUCAUCAUUAAAGGGGUCGAUGCUGAGACCAUGCACACCCUCCUGGACUACACGUAUACCAGCAAGGCGCUGAUCACCAAGCAGAAUGUGCAGCGCAUCCUGGAGGCUGCAAACCUCUUCCAGAUCCCUGCUAUGGCAUGUGACAGCAGUGGAGGAUGGUUCAAGUCCUUGGACCCCUGCACCCACGUGGGAGCUCCAACUGUUGCAGCCAUUUGGGCAGUGAACCAGCAGUUCCUGCGGAUGGUGGAUGCCUGCGCCAGCUUUCUCACAGAGGCCCUGAACCCAGAAAACUGUGUUGGCAUACUGAGGCUGGCAGACACACACUCCCUGGACAGCCUGAAGAAGCAAGUUCAGAGUUACAUCAUUCAAAACUUCGUGCAGAUCCUCAGCUCCGAAGAGUUUCUUGAGCUUCCCGUGGACACUCUGCACCACAUCCUGAAGAGUGAUGACCUUUAUGUGACAGAGGAGGCACAGGUGUUUGAAACUGUGAUGAGCUGGGUCCGGCACAAGCAGUCCGAGCGACUCAGCUUGCUCCCCUAUGUCCUUGAGAAUGUGCGCUUGCCACUCCUGGAUCCCUGGUACUUUGUGGAGACCGUGGAAGCAGACCCUCUCAUUAGGCAGUGCCCGGAGGUCUUCCCACUGCUCCAGGAAGCCAGGAUGUACCACCUUUCUGGCAAUGAGAUCAUUUCGGAGCGCACCAAGCCCAGGAUGCACGAGUUCCAGUCUGAGGUGUUCAUGAUCAUCGGGGGAUGCACCAAGGACGAGCGUUUUGUGGCAGAGGUGACUUGCCUGGACCCGCUGAGACGCAGCCGCCUGGAGGUGGCCAAGUUGCCACUGACUGAGCAUGAGCUGGAGAGCGACAAUAAGAAGUGGGUGGAGUUUGCAUGCGUGACUUUAAAGAACGAAGUCUACAUCUCAGGUGGCAAAGAAACACAGCAUGAUGUCUGGAAAUAUAACUCUUCCAUCAACAAAUGGAUUCAGAUCGAGUAUUUGAACAUUGGUCGCUGGAGGCAUAAGAUGGUGGUGCUGGGCGGCAAGGUGUAUGUGAUCGGAGGGUUCGAUGGCUUGCAGAGGAUCAACAAUGUGGAGACCUAUGACCCCUUCCACAACUGCUGGUCAGAGGCUGCACCCCUCCUUGUCCACGUCAGUUCCUUCGCAGCUACCAGCCAUAAGAAGAAGCUCUAUGUGAUUGGGGGAGGGCCCAAUGGGAAACUGGCCACGGACAAGACUCAGUGUUAUGACCCUUCAACCAAUAAGUGGACUUUAAAGACAGCCAUGCCUGUGGAGGCUAAAUGCAUCAAUGCUGUGAGUUUCAGGGACCGCAUCUAUGUUGUUGGAGGGGCCAUGAAAGCACUGUAUGCCUACAGCCCACUGGAAGACAGCUGGUGCCUGGUCACCCAGCUGAGCCACGAGCGGGCCAGCUGUGGCAUCGCGCCCUGCAAUAACCGACUCUACAUCACUGGAGGGCGGGACGAGAAGAAUGAGGUCAUUGCCACUGUGCUGUGCUGGGACCCCGAAGCCCAAAAACUGACAGAGGAGUGCGUCCUGCCUCGCGGGGUGUCACAUCACGGCAGUGUCACCAUCAGGAAGUCAUACACCCAUGUGCGGAGGAUUGUGCCUGGAGCAGUGUCUGUGUGACUGUGGGAGGGGAGCCUGGAGACACUCAGCACUUGGUCUCGGCCUCUCCGCCAUGUGUAGUCCUGUACGGCUGGUAUUUGAGGUCAUAUACUGGGGCUUUCUGGGGCUGCUCUGGGGGCAUCUCAGAAGUCACAGCCCUGGGACACUGAGACCAGCCUGGGGUGUUUGCCUGACCUACCUCAGGAGGGAAGAUGGGAAGAAGAGUGAUAUUAAACAUCCAAGACACACUGACUGUGUGUCCUUGCCCAUCAGCUCAUUUAACCAUCAUGAUGACCUAGAGCUGGAUACCAUCUCUCCUGGUUUACAGGUGCAGAAUCUAAGUCUCAGAGGCUGAGACUUGCCCCCAUAGGACAACAAGUAACUAAGUUGGGAGUCUUUCCUUUCCAAGGGUUGUGCCCUCCCGUCACCAGUAUAGCCAUCUCUGCAUUUGGAAAGCAACAAGAAGCAAAACCUGGCUCAUGUCUUGUUUUGACAAAUCUUGCUAGAAGAUUCACUCAGCAAGCCAAGGAAAUGAAGGGGUUUCCCUUUGCUAUUUAAAAGCCACAAAAUCUUUUGCAUCAGAGCCUUUUGCGCUCCUGGUCAAGGGCAUGUUCUGAUAGAUUCUUCCACCUGACAGGUUUGGAGAGAGGUUUGAGAGGGCUAAUUCACUUUGAAACAGAUGAUGGACUUACAGUCUGUUCUCUCUCCGUGGAAAACUUCUACUUAAAAAAAUAUAUGUG